AUGGCGCCUCCGAAAGCGGCACAGCUUCAAAAGGGCCGCGGUCUGAAUCUGGCCAAGCCCUUCGACCAAGACACUCGAAGGAUCUUGGAAAAGACCGUCAACAGCCUGCUCCGCAAGAGAGGCAAGGUGGACAGCAAGAUGACGAAGGUCUUGGAGCGUCUCGGUCAGUCUAGCGAUGUCCAGUACCAGCAAGAGUCGCUUCUUCAGUUCUCACUACGCAUGAAGGCCAAGGAGAUCAAGUUCAUUCGUCGCCAAAGCAAAGUUCUGAAUGAUAGACAGAAGCUGCUGGACAUGGAUCCCUCGGACGCCAGAGCGCGCGAUGUCGACUUACUCAAGAGCCUGUUGUCGAGAUUGAUAGAUGAAGUCAGCACCUCGAGCGAAGAACCAAAGCAGAAUUCAAAGGACGGCGACAUUUCCUCUAUCGACUGGGACUCCGAAGACUCGGCAGAUGAGAAGGACGGUUACCACAAUGCCCUCGAAAAUGACCUGAGCGCCAGUCCUAUGGUGCUGAAGGCUAAUGAGAAGCGAAAACGCGAUGACGAUACCCCGCAGUCUUCCAAGAAGAAGAAAAACGGACACAUUGGUAAGGAUACUACGCAGUCAGCUCUCGACAUUACACCGAAGGGCGAGUUCCAGCCACUUGCAGGCAAGGGUGAGCCCGACAGUGGCGAUAAGCCGAAGAAGAAGCACGGGAAGUCCGAGAGUAUUUCAUUCAACGAGAUGAACAACGAGGAGCAACACGAUUCCCCGAAGACCAACUCAGGCGGCAACACCAAUCAAGACGUCGAGCAUGGUGGAAACACUGGCUCCGAUUAUGAUCUCACAAAGGCACAGAAGAAAAAGAAGAAGUCAAAGUCCGGCGUGGCUCAUGUUAUUAAGCAUGGCAUCGAGUCCGGCGCCACUGAGGCUCCUUCCAGCCACCAGAAGGCCGAGGUCCAUAAAAAUGCGUUCGCUUCGACCGUUGACAUCAAGGGAGGAAGGAAUAAGAAGAAGCAUAAAAGGUCGCAUUCCAUUGUUGAAGUUGAUUUCGGCAAAGAGGAGCAAGGCAGUAGUCCCAGGGUCGCCACCACUGCGGAGGUUUCCGAGGAGAACAAGUCUGUGCCCACCGACGAGGUCAAGAAUGACAAGAGAAAGAAGAAGCAGAAUAAGAGCAAGUAUGAAGAGUUCGCACACACUAUUCCAGUCAUAGACGACGUCAAGGAACAAAAGCGGCUGAAAGUGGCCGAAGCUAGCCCUGGCAGCAAGAGCGCCAAGAAUUCCGAGGCACUCAUGAAGGACAAGAAACCCAAAACGGAGAAAAACUUCGUGCACCACACCACUGUCAGGAAGAAUCAGGCCAAGUCCGAGCCAGAGAAAUCGGUUCACAACACAGUUGUUGCUGAGCUCACGAUCAUCCAGGGAAGGAAGAAGAAGAAGAAAUUGCGGAGCAAGUCGCUCGUAUUUGCCAAGGAGGACGACCAUGCCGUCACGCCUGACAAGACCGAGGAUAUGAAGCACUCCAUCCAUGAUUCUCAGAAGGCGACCUUAUUCCCCAAUGCAACUUUGAAGGGCCCCACUCCCAUCCAUCCUCCGUUGCCCCCGGUCACACCGGUCUAUCGGGGACCAUUCAUUCAAACAGCUGGCCGUGCGCUUUUUAAUCCGUUCUCGAACUUGAAGCCAUUUAGCAUCCAGCAUCUUGGGCCUAGCUCCGUUCGUUCCAAGACUACGGAGAGCACUGAGGAGUCGCCGAAAGUCCCGGAUGGUCAGACCUGGGUUCUUGACACUACUGGCUCGCGCAAGAGGCAGAAAAAGAGCCACGGAGACGACGCGAAGAGCGUGACCAUGACCAUUGGUAAGGUUGACACUCCGCACAAGGUUGACCAGGGUUCCCCCACGCCCCCUCCCAAGAAAGAGCAGAAGAAAAGAGGACGGCCUCUCGCACCCAUGAGCUCUCAACCCGCGAUUUCGGCCGGCCAGAUGUCCAUCACAGGCGUUCGUGCCAGCAGUGAUUUGGCUGCGCUCCUGGGCAACCCCAAGCGAGCCAAGAAGCUUCAGAAGGUGCUCAAAGAGGAUAAGGCAACGCUCGAGCAAGAGAAGAAGAGUUGGUUCGAGGCAAUGGGCUUUCAGUACAAGGACUGA